UCAGUUCAGCUGUUCAAUCUCCCUCUUCCCUCUUCCCUCUUCCAGCUUCACUCUUGGGCCUCGGCGACUCCACCCACACGGCCACACGAAAAAAAACCCUAAGUCCCUAAGACCCUAACCCGCGCGGCCACGCCGCGGCUCUCCUCUCAGCCUCAGGCUCUCAGCUCUCACUCUCUUAAGUCUCAAUCCUCUCCUCUCCUCAGACUCCUCUGGUGCGCUGCUACGCCACGGCCCGCGGCUCUCCUCUCAGCUCUCUCUCUCUCUCUCAAUCCUCUCCUCUCUGGCUCUCCUUUGGUGCGCUGCUACGUGCCGCGGUGCCGGUGCUCCUUGAGCUUCCUCAUGGUCCUGGGUCAAGCUCCCUCACGAUCCACAGACGCAGAUCUACCCUUAUAUCUGCAGAGGACAGAGGUAGAGCCGUGGAGGAGUUGCUGUGUUAUGCCAUAGAUUGUGGGUUCCCGUGUUAGCUCUGUGUGUGUAGUUCGUAGCUUAUCUGUGCUUGGCGGUUGCUCUCACUUUUUGGCAUUUGGAGGACAUGAAAGAUUGAGAUGACUGUGGAUCAAAAAAAGCUGCAAGAAGAUGCUUCUAUUGUUCGUUUCUACAAAAUAGUUCUCAGUUGGGACUAUAUACGCCUCCUUAAAGAAUCCAAUAAAAAGAGUGGAAGCGGUGAUGUAAAUGGUUUUGGUUUGAGGGAAGUGAAGGAUAAAUAUAAAGAUAUUGAUGACUACCUUGCAACUUUUGAGCCCCUUCUUUUUGAAGAAGUAAAAGCUCAGAUUGUUCAAGGACGAGAUGAGGAAGAUGUUAUAGAAUGGAAGCUGGGGCUCAUCCGUGAAUGCACUGAGGCUGAUGGGUUUCACUUACCUGUGGUUGGUUAUGCAGCCGAGCAAGGUGAAUCAAUUUCACAAAAUGAUCUUUUGCUUCUUUCAAAAGAGAAGUUUCAAGAGGAUUCAAAACUUCCAAGUGCAUAUGCAUUUGCAUUGGUGGAGCAUCGGCAAACAGAUCUUCUUCGACUUAGAAUGUUUUUAGAUGGAGAGGUCAAGCAAAUAAAUACUGAUGAAAUAGCAUCAUGUCCAAGACUCUUGAAUGUGCGUUCUCUAAUUUGUGAAGCAGAUAGAAGCUUAUGGAUUUUAAAGAUUUGCAGCUUAUCAACUAUUGCUCGUGAAUAUAUAGCUCUACGGUCUAUCAGCUGUCUCCCUUUCAAGGAUUUGAUAUUAACAGCAACUGAAAACAAUUCUGGUUCUGAAAGCAGGGCCUGGAAAAUUCCCAGAGCCCUGAUGGAGUCUAUUGAAAAUAAUCAUAAUGCAUCUCAAUUGGCCGCCAUUCAGGCAGGUCUUUCACGUACAGCCUUUGUCCUAAUACAGGGCCCCCCAGGAACUGGCAAAACACAGACCAUCCUUGGACUUCUUAGUGCCAUUUUGCAUGCAACACCAGCCAGAGUACAUUCGAAGGGUAUGCUACGCGAAGUAAAACGUGGGCCAGAAUUACCCAUUCAGGAAAAAUGCAAUCAUUGGGGAAAAGCGUCUCCAUGGUUAAUUGGUAUUAAUCCAAGGGAUGAAAUUAUGCCCAUUGAUGGUGAUGAUGGUUUUUUCCCCAUCAGUGGAAAUGAAUUGAAACCAGAAGUUGUUACAUCCAGUCGUAAAUAUCGUGUACGUGUGCUGGUAUGUGCUCCAUCAAACUCAGCACUUGAUGAGAUUGUGUUACGCCUUUUAAAUAAUGGAGUUCGUGAUGAAAAUGAUCGUGCUUAUAAUCCUAAAAUUGUGCGGAUUGGUCUUAAACCACAUCAUUCUGUUCAGGCCGUCUCCAUGGAUUAUCUAGUGGAACAAAAACUUGCUGGCAUGGACUAUUUGUCUGCUGAUAGACAGAAACAUGGUGUUGCAGGAAGGGAUAGGGAUAGUGUUCGUGCUUCAAUUUUAGAUGAAGCUGCAAUAGUAUUCUCUACCCUAAGUUUCAGUGGUUCAAGUAUUUUCAGUAAAUUGAAUCGUGGUUUUGAUGUUGUUAUAAUAGACGAAGCUGCUCAAGCAGUGGAACCAGCAACUCUAGUUCCAUUGAACAAUGGAUGCAAGCAAGUAUUUUUGGUUGGUGACCCAGUCCAACUGCCAGCAACUGUGAUUUCUCCCCUUGCUAAUAAAUUUGGAUAUGGCAUGAGCUUGUUCAAGAGAUUCCAGAAGGCUGGAUAUUCUGUACAGAUGUUGAAGACCCAGUACCGCAUGCACCCAGAGAUAAGAAGCUUUCCUUCGAAAGAAUUCUAUGCUGAGGCGCUGGAGGAUGGGCCUGAUGUCAAAGACCAAACAAAGCGUAAAUGGCAUGACUGCCACUGCUUUGGGCCAUUUUGUUUCUUUGAUGUCCAUGAUGGGAAAGAGUCCCAGCCCUCGGGAAGUGGAUCUUGGGUAAAUAUUGAUGAAGUUGAGUUUGUCCUCCAAAUGUACAGUAAAUUGGUGAGUAAAUAUCCUGAGCUUAAGUCAAGUUCCCAGCUUGCAAUUAUAUCACCAUACAGAUAUCAAAUCAAGCUCUUCCGCAAACGGUUUCGGGAGACAUUUGGGGCUGAUUCAGAUAAAGUUGUCGAUAUCAAUACGGUAGAUGGGUUCCAGGGACGGGAAAAAGAUGUUGCAAUCUUCUCAUGUGUAAGGGCAAAUAAGGACAGAGGCAUCGGCUUUGUUGCUGAUUUUCGGAGAAUGAAUGUUGGGAUUACCAGAGCGAGGUCUACUGUCUUGGUUGUAGGAUCUGCAUCAACAUUGAAGAAAGAUGAACAUUGGAAGAACCUAAUUGAGAGUGCUGAAAGGAGAAAUUCUCUAUUUAAGGUUUCUAAGCCUUACAAUGCAUUUUUUAGUGAUGAGAAUUUGAAAUCUAUGGAAGUAAAAGAUGAAUCCAUGCCUACAGAAAUGGAGGCACAUAUUGAUGAGCUGGAAACUAAUGCAACCAUGUAUGGCAAUCCUGGUGAAGCUGAUCAAGGGCAACCAGUUGAAAAUGACUAUGGGGAUGGAAAUGAAUAUGGAGGGGAUGAUUUGGGCUACGAUGAGGAUUAAGUCCAAUCAUUCCUUGGGCAGUCAAUUUUGAACGCUCACAGUUUGGUUUACUGAUAAUUUGGAUCGCUGGCCAUAGAUUACAAAAAUUUUGAAUAUUCCAUUUUGAAUUAUUAGUUAUUGCAAUUAUUAUUGUUGAAAGCAGAGACCAUUAGCUGUGUUCCUGGCAACAUUAGCACUCUUCUGGAUUCUGUGCUGGCUGUCUAUUCAACUGGUGUAAUUUACAAAUACUCUAAUCUUGGGUUUUGCAGAGGGAAUUGUACGGGACACCAAAGAAAGGUAACUGCACUAGUGUCAUUAAGGUCCUCGCUACUAAAGACCCUUUCAAAAUUUUCCCAAGAGCUUGUUUUCAACCAAUUUUAUGGAAAAAACGUUAGUACGUGUCUUAGUGGGUACAAACGAAAUUAGGUUUAGUUAUUUUUGCAUGAUUUUUGUGUAAUUUUUCUUAUUUCAUUCAAUUUCUUUUUAUUUUUGGUUGUCCUGUAAAUCAGAUAUGACUGUAAAAUUAUUUUGCAGCAAUUUAAAGCCGUUUUGAUUA